CUUCAUUCCCCGUCUCCUUCUCCCUCGCUAUUCUGUACUGCUGCUCAUACAGGCGGUCUCACACCUGAAUGACUAGCUAACGAUCAUGUGGAUAACAUGGCCUCUUCGGCGCAACAUAGCGGGGUUCUCCCCUCUGCACCGCUCGCAACAUUUGCUGUGGAUGACUAUACCGUCUUUGCGCCUGGCUGGUGCUUGAGGAUGCUUACGUCGAACGACUCUUUCCACCUGGCCCAAGCCUGGACUCUCGCACUGUACGACCGUUAUCUCCUACCUGACUUCCCUAUACACAUGGGUGCGGCAUCGUCGUUUUCGCGAUACCCCGCCUUGUGUCAUUUUGAUUAUGAUGCGUCUGAGAGCACGUACCGCGUCUUUGCUCUAUGCCCGGCCUUCUUGACUAUCUGUCGUGCACAUAGCGUGCAACUCUUCGACGAGACCUCGCUCCUUGCGGGCAAAACUGCAGAUCAUAUCAGGGGGGUUUUCGAUGGAACCGCACUGCGCUUGUUUUCUGACGACUGCGGGGCUGUGGUGGAUGUAUUACCCCCACCGUCAAACAUCCCGGGCGACACUGCAUCAUUAGGCAAUGUGGGUGCCUCAUCCCCACGGCCUGCUAGUACGACGAUGGAGAUUAUUGUCACGAUUGGCACAGGCGUGGCAUGUCAUAUUUUGGGAGAAUACAAACAACGUGUCCGUGCACUCAACGCCAAUCCCUCCUCCACGUUCCUCACUCCAUAGUUAUUUGUAUCUUUUGCCCGAUAGUUUGCGAGGUUGGCUUUGAUUCCUUGUGUGCUUAGUUUGUAGUUGAGCUAUCGAGGUACUUCGGUAGCUGAGCUUACAUAUGUG